CCUCAGUGUUGCUAGGUGUUCACUCUUGUGUCUCACACAUCCUCCAGCACCUUUUCUCAACAUUGGACCAAACAAAUAAAAUCACCUACCUGCUGCUCAGUACCUCCAAAUCCGCUCUGAUGCUGUUAAAUCCGCUAUUAGCGAAGCUCGGUUGUGGAAGCAGCUGCCAGGCUGUUGAUGAAGAAGAAAGGCAGAAUAUUGAUCUAAGCUGCCCUUUGGAUCUGUAAACAUGCUGGAUUUUGAGGCUGCGCUUCUGUUUUUCAGAGGCUGUAAGGUUUGCUAACAUGUCAGGACACAGUUCGCCCCAAAGGAUUACAGAUUUUGAAGACUGAAUAGGUCUAGGUAAUUUCAUGACUCCCGGAGUGGACUGAGGAUAUUUUUAAUGGAGAUGAGUUGAUGAGUCUGGAGUCAUGGAGCUCAGGAAUGGCGCUCAGGAGCUUGAACCAGUCUACACUGUGGACACAGCAAGUGUACGCUUUCCAAAUCAGGUAAAGCCUGAUGUUGACCCACUACCUUCCUCCUCACAUAAGAUACGCCCAAAGCAAGUGUUUACUGUGACCCUCCUCAUCAUCAUCCUUCUGAUCUUGGGUGGAGGUGCAGCCCUUGCAUGGUACUUUCUAGAGUACAGGGUGUGGGUGUUGGAACUGCGGGUGCAGCAGCAGUACACAGCACAGAUUUCCAUCCUGAAUAGAAACUUCUCCAGUGCUCUGUCCUCUCACAGCACUCGAGUCUUCAGGGAGGAGGCACGUGGAGUUCAAGCCAUGGUGGAGAAACUGGUUAGGUCCACUAAUCUGUCUCGCUAUUUCAACUCCACCACAGUCUUUGCCUUUGGGGAGGGCAGUGUAGUGGCGCAUUUCUGGCUGCUGCUGUCCCUGCCCGAGAGCCAUGCUGAGAAGAUCACCAUGGAAAAGGUGAAUGAGAGCCUGUGGGGGGGACUGCAAAGCUUCAGGGAGAGAGAGGUUGAGCAGACAGUGAACUAUGAGGGUUACCUGCUUCACCUGCUCUCAUUCUCUAUAACGGAAACCAAAACCAAAGUUAUUGAUGUUUUGCAGGCUUCAUUUGAUUGUUACCGUUACCAGCCGGUGGUCUCCGUCCAACCAGUAGUCCUGAGGGGUCCAAACACACAGCGCUCGUCCUGCAUGUGGCACCUGAAGUCCCCUGAGGGCUCCCAGAUAGAGCUGAGGGUGGAGUGGCUGCUUCCUGAGUGUAGAGACCGCCUGGCCAUUUAUGACUCACACGCUCCUGACGACUCCACACUCAUCACUUCUCUGUAUGGCUGUAGCAAGCAGGAGCAAGUGGUGCAGGUGUUGUCCUCCGCUGACUGGAUGACCGUGGUGUGGAAGCAGGGCCAGUACAACUACAAGGACCCAUUCUCUCUGUCUGCUCAGGCCUGGCCCAAAAGAAAUUGCUCCCACAGCAUCGAUUUGACGAAAGAGAGCGGAAUUCAGGGGACCUUACAGACCCCGUUUUACCCCAGCUACUACCCCUCAGAUACCAACUGCACCUGGCACUUCACAGUACCAUCGGCAGAGUAUGGGCUGACCCUGGAGUUUGAGGGUUAUGAGCUGAGUCGAGCCAGCUAUUCCAAAACCUGCACGCAAGGCCAGUGGCUAAUCCAGAACCGCAGAAUGUGCGGUGCACGUGGUCUGCAGCCCUACGCAGAGAGGCUCUACCUCCACUCCUCCACCACCACUGUGACUCUGACAUCAGAGGUGUCUCUCACAGGGCCUGGCCUGCAGGUCCACUACAGCAUCUUCAACCAAACAGAUCCAUGCCCUGGUAAGUUCCUGUGCAGUGUGAAUGGCCUGUGUGUGCCAGCGUGUGACGGUGUCUCUGACUGUCCCAGUGGCCUGGAUGAGAGAAACUGUGUGUGUAUUGCUCAGUACCAAUGUCCAGAGGACAGCCAGUGUGUGGAUUACUACAAAGUGUGUGACCAGCAUCCUGACUGCACUAACGGUGAUGAUGAAAAAAACUGCACUCAAGGAGUUCCAUGCACUGAUAUGACCUACAUGUGCGCUGAUGGGACGUGCCUUAAGAAGCCAAACCCUGUGUGUGAUUUCAUCACAGACUGUCCUGAUGCUUCUGAUGAGAAACACUGCGACUGUGGCCUGCGACAUUUCACCACCCGUGUGGUGGGUGGUGCUGAUGCAGUGGAGGGGGAGUGGCCAUGGCAGGCCAGCCUGCAGGUCAGUGGGCGGCACAUCUGUGGGGGAGCGCUGAUCGCCUCUCAGUGGGUGGUAUCUGCAGCACACUGUUUCUAUGACGACCGUCUGUACUCCCCCUCUGUCUGGACGGUGUAUCUGGGUAAACUGCGGCUGCGGGGCACCAGUCAGACAGAGGAGGCCCUGCGCCUGUCCCACAUCCACAUACACCAGUACUACGAUGACGAGAACCACGACUACGACCUGGCUCUCCUCAGACUGGACAGACCCGUCUCCGCGGGGACUCUCGCACAGCCUGCCUGCCUGCCCUCACACACGCACCAGCUGGAGCCGGGACUGCUCUGCUGGGUCACCGGCUGGGGGGCUAUUAAAGAAGGAGGCAGCCCAAGCAAUGUCCUACAGAAGGUGGACGUGCGUUUGGUCAGUGAAGAAGCUUGUGUCCGGUCCUAUGGGUAUAUUAUCACUCCCAGAAUGCUGUGUGCUGGCUAUCGCAGUGGGGGGAAGGAUGCGUGUCAGGGGGACUCUGGAGGCCCUCUAGUGUGUCAGGAGCCGUCCGGACGCUGGUUUCUGGCUGGUGUAGUCAGUUGGGGCCGCGGCUGUGGCCGGCCGGAUUAUUACGGAGUUUACACUCGCAUUACCAGACUCAGCGACUGGAUUAAACAAGUUAUCUCCAGCUGAACAACUGGUUGAAGUCAGGCUGGAGUAUCGACUGUAGAACUUACAGUUGUGGUCAAAAGUUUACAUACACUUGUA